CACAGCACCAACAACUUAAUAGGAAAAGGAAAUAGUGCUUAUAAGAAUAUGGCAGAUGUUCCACCUGCACUCACCCUGGAGCUUUCCAAGAAAAGUGAUCUUUCUAACACAUUUCAACCUUGGAAUGAAGUCUGUCUUCCAAUUGACAUUCUUUUGUUGACAGUAAAGGACUGUGAGUUCCUAGCCUGUUAUACAUACUUAAGAAAUUCCUUUAAAAGCUACCAUGUGAACCUUGGAUAUGUGUACUUUGGGAACAUGGGUAAAAGCGGAGACGUGCCUCUAAAAGUCGCUUUGACGACAUGUUCUGAAGGCUCUUCUGCUCCACAUGGCUCACUGAUCACUGUUAAGAAUGCUGUGGUGGAACUGAGACCCAAAGCUGUUUUCUAUGUUGGCAACUGUGUGGGCUUGAACCCAGAAGUCACCAAGUUACAGCUAGGUGAUGUUGUGGUAUCUUCUAAGCUCACAACUGAAUCAUUAAAAACCCCGGUGGGAAGAGGUAUCUUACACCUUGUCAGGCAUGCAGAUCAUGGCUGGAUUCCUCCAUUAAAACGUCCAGAAGAUCGUAAAGUUCAGGUCUGCUGUGAUGGGGAUAUUUUAAGUGGCAUAAACCCAGUCAGUGCUAAACAGCAAAACAUGUCUCAUGUUACUCAAGCUACUGCAUUUGCAUUUGGUGGGGAAGGUAAGAUAUUUAUUCCCUGUUAAAUGACAUCAUUCUUCUCUUGUUACAUUUUCUUACGAGAGGAGUGGUGGCCCAUGGUGUACAUCUCAAACUUUAGAUCUAGAGGGUCCAGGUUAAGGCUUUGCCGCACUUUGUGCUGUUUCCUUGGGCAAGAAACUUUGAUUCACUUUGUCCCUCUCCACCCAGGUGCAGUGUAAAUGGGUGCUGGUUAUGAUCCUUUGUGAUCCUGUUUUCAAUCUGAUCUUUUAAGAUCUAUUCUAUGUUUGGACAAUGAUGUUUAUGUUUGUGUAACUUGCUGUAUUUUCUUUACUAAAUUAUGCAUUAAAAAUUGAUUGGAGGACAGUAGUUUAAGUAGUGUUUUCCUUUGGAUAAAAUACAAAAGGAUAGAUAAAUUAUAUUAACAUCCUUAUGCGCUGCUUAUCACUGUUUCUAUUUUCUGCCUACCCAUUUGCACAGUAAAUAAUGUUGUUUAUGUUGUCACAUCUUCAUUAUUCAACCCUGGCUGUGAUGCUCACUGGUGGACCUUUUUGCAUCUUGAAUUAUUAAUUAUUUGUUGUUUUUUUCCAGGGAUUUUCGCUGCAGCACAUGAUCUUAAGAUUGAAUGGGUGAUUGUAAAAGGUAUUUCUCACUUUGCCGAUGGUAACAACCCAGCAGAAAAUUCUUGGGAGAGUCAUGCAUGCAUAAUGGCAGCUUCUCUUGUGUCCAACAUGUUGAAGGAUCCAUUUGUGUUUGAACAAUGGCCUCAUUAUGAAGGUAGGUGUCAUGCUCCUUUAUUAAACCAUGUGAUAAUUAAAUCCUUACCUGUGUACAGAAGGUCAGUGUUUUUGGUUAAGUACUGAGGUUGAUUAAAAAUACUCACUUUCAAACCUUGUUAAUUAAUCUCUUAUAAUAGAAAAAGGAUGGAGUUCAACAUUUUUUUGGUCAACUCACAACUGUUGGAAACUGUAAAAUAGGUAAAAGAAAAUUAUAAGAAAAAGGUUACAAAGAAAUUGGUCAGGUGGACACGAGGGAGAUAUUUUCUGAUAAAAUUGACCAGCUGCUUUUCAUACUAUUAUUUUUAGGCAGUAAGAUUUGUGGGUUGGUACUCUGCAAGUGCAUACUGAGAGACCUGAAGUCUAAAAUGACCUUUGUUUAAUUAGAGCAUAAGUGGUAUCUGUUAGGAGCCUGUAAGGUCAUUGAGUGGGAAUUAUUUUGUUACUCAAGUGAUUUUUGGUGCCUCUUAGGCAUUAAAAUGAAUUUCUUCCUUGCCACAAAGUUAGAUUCUGUUACUUUCUAGGGAUACUUUUGGAUUUUUUUUUACAAAACCCUGUUUUUUGUUUUGUUUUGUUUUUUGUUAAUUUUAAUUUUAUAGAGGGGGGUAUCUACUUUUGGUACCUUCCAGGGGUUAAAGUGAAUUUCCAACAUGCCCGCAAAGCAAGAUUCUGUACCCUCUAGGGACGCUUUUUGUUUUUAUUAUUAUUAUUAUUAUUUUUUGACAAGCACCCCUAUUAUCUUUAAUUUUUUAUUUUUUGUUAAGCAGUUCUGCUAUUUUUAAAGGGAACUAUCUCCUCCUCCUUUUGGUACCACUUAUAGAGCUUUAGAGGGGAGACUGGUUAAAAUUUGGGGGAAAUAAUGUUGAUUUGGGAAGGAAAUAUAUGAGGGUAGAAUAGGUAUACACAUAAACCAGUUAGUCCGCCAGUGGGAUCAGAGGCACCUUGUUGUGGUGGUGGACUAUCUGGUAAUUGUCUACCAAUAUUAUUUACUUCAUAUUUUAAUUUUUAACUACCCCCAAUUCCGGUAUUUNGGAUAUCAUGCAUCUUGUUGUGGUUGUGGUCUAUUUGGUAAUUUUUCUCCAAUAUUAUUUAUUUCAUAUUUUAAUUUUUAAACACCCCCAAUUCCGGUAUUUUCCCAUUUUUUCAAAAAUUUAAACAACUCCCCCCCCCCCCCUAAUUUUCAUACAUUAAAAACAUUCAAAAAAUCGUCCAAAAAUUCUUAAAUAAUUAAAUGACUGCAACUUAAUUUAGUCAUUUUUGAAUUGAAGGAACUCUUGGCUAGAUAUUUAAGAAAAUGAGUGUAAAUCAAUGAAAAAUCAUGCUUUUAACCAGACUCCCCCCUUGAAAUGAAUUUCUUCCAUGUCUACAAAGCAAGAUUUUUGUACCUUUUAGGGAUACUUUUGCAUUUUUUAUUUGACUAGCACCACAGUUUUUUAAUAGGAUAGUAUCUCCUCCUCCCUUCCCCCACACGCUGAGAAUACUAGCAACCAACUUAACAGGGCUGUCACUAAGAGCGGAGAGGGAUAGAUUCCCACAGGCUACCCCUGGUUACUUUCACAGGAAUUAAAGGAAAAUCGGACCAAAAGAAUUUCCAAGAUGUUCUUUUCCCCUGCUCAGCAACUUGAAACCAUAGUGACAGCCCUGAACCCUAACCAGUAAGCUCUCUGCACUCAGGCUUUAUUUUCUGGUUUUAGAUCAUCCUAGAACUCUACCCUCUGAUUGGUUGAUAGCUAUGGUUUUGAUAGGUCCAGUAAAUAUUUGAGGAGCUUAUUUCCUCUUUUUUAAAAAUGUUUUUGAACUGCAACUGCUUACUAGAUGCCUUUCAGAGUCAACUCAAUGUGCAGGAGAAAUCUUGCGUAACCAAGUUUAAACCAUACAUUUAUUGUCUGAAACUGUGCACACUGCAACCAGGCAUCCUUUAGUGAAUUAAAAUGUCAGUAUCACCCACAAUUAAGUAAAAGCUAAGAUGUAAGCUUUCAGUCCCAAGACAAGCUGCUCAAUGCUUUUUGUCAUUGAAACUUUUUUAUUCAGACUCAGAACCUAAAAUGUGAGUGGUAAGAAAACUGACAGAUUGAUAAACAUUUUUCCCAAAUACUUUUGAAUAACUGUUGUUUUAAAUGUCUCACUUCAAUUUUUAUAAUUCUAUUUUGUUUAACUCACAGACCCGUCAGCAAGGAAACAGCCCUCUAGCUCUACGGCCACUAAGGAGGAGUUACCAGGUACUAUUAUAUCCAAUAAAGCAGAAAUGGUACCAGACGUACAGUAGAUUAAACACACUUACUUUAAUAUGAAAAUGACUUUUAUCGUUUGUUAUAUUGCAAUACAAAAUGAACUUUAUUGUCGCAGUUGUUUAUAUUUAUUUCAGAAAUAUGUAGAAAAGAACAAGUAUGAUUCCGAUUGCUUUGAGUCGUUUUCUCCUCCCAACUCGAGGUAAUCGGAUGAAAUUCAGGCUACAAAUUCUUUUUCUCGUUCAAUUUUUCUGUUAGAAUUUUGCUAAGGUAUUUUUAACCUGCGUUAAUCCUCGAGGCCAGUUAUACAAAAUAAGAAUUAUUUUUAGUGCUCAACCACAAACGUCACUAACAGCUUUGGAGAGGUAGCCCUCUAUUGGUGUCUCCUCCCUGAACCUCUCUUUUUGGGGUAACGCCCCUUUACACUUGCUUUACUGAUGUAGUCUUCAAAUACAUUAUUUUACAUAUGUUACUCGGCCAAGGCUGCCCAUAAUUAAUGAUUCUUUAUUUAGCUCACGGUGAAAUUACAUUUUUAACUUUUUCAUAACUGAAAUUUGUGCUACGUUUUAACUUUAUAAUAUAAGAGAAAUAAUAAGUGCGAGCUGGAGAAGCUAAAUAAACUGUUAGAUUUUCUAGUUAGCUCCCCGUCCAAUUAAAGUCAGUGUGUAAGCAGGUGAAAAAGAUGAAAAUAGAAUAAAUAAAUGAAUUAGUAAAUUAAAUUAAUAAAGAGCAUUCCGUCUACGUUUGACCACAGUAUUUAUAUUCCUACACUAUAUUCUGGUGUUUUAGGGCCCUGAUAUCUACACGCACUGUUACUUACAUUUCUGUUGGUGUAUCACGAGUUGAGGAUAAUUUGUUUUUAAAUGUGGAAAUUUUAUUUAUAUUUGGUGAUCUGAUCAGUUUAUAUAAAUGAGGGCCUGUAUUUUGUGCGUUAACUACCUCCCUUUAACUUUCCUCGCCUAUUAAGAUAUCAAGUCAUUAACGAACAAUUCUUAAAAAAAGGGAUGUAAAAUUUUCUUUAACAGAUUCUCUCUGCCUCAAGGAGUGCCAGAAACAGCUGCGAUCAAUUUAUGAAACCAACAGCAAAGUCAAAAUCGUUCCGUGGGACCAAAGCUCUGCCGUUCACAUUGACAAAGUUUACACCCAGUUGUCUUGGCUUAUGGAUGAGAAGGAUCCCAGCGGAGUAACGCAGAAGAAACUUCAACACUACACCGACAUUUUUGACGGCGGAAGACUUCAUCAUACGCCUAAGCGCAUUUUGGUCCACGGACGACCAGGUAUCGGCAAGACCGUUUUUACGCAGAAAGCUACAUUCGACUGGUCCCAGCACAGAUUUGAAGGAAAAAUAGGAAGAUUUGAUCUUGCACUUUUGGUCAAAUUACGCGAUGUUUGUAACCUCAACGAUGUCCCUGCCAUUCUGAACGAUGCUAAUCUUCUCGCGAGUGAUGGCCCAGUUUCCACUGACAACCUGUACGAUUACGUUCGUCGCCACCAAGAAAACGUAUUGCUUAUUUUGGACGGCUACGAUGAAUACGUACACAGCGCAGAAAGGCAAUCACCUGUUCUUAAAAUCUGGGAGAAAAAGCAGUUGAGGGAUUGUUGUGUUAUUAUAACAUCUAGAGACAUGAAAGGAGAGGGAUUGAAAAGUUCUAGCGAUGCUCAAUUUGAGAUCGAAGGUUUCGACCGUGAGCGACAAGAAGAGUUCGCCCGUAGAUUCUUGAAAAAUGAUCAAGAUGUUGAAGAGUUUUUUGAAUACUUGGAGCAACAAGACUUGGAAGAUGUAGCAAAAAUACCUAUUUUGCUUUUAAUGUUGUCGUUGGUUUGGAAAGAAAAGGAUCGUGAAGGACUACCUUCGUCACGGGUGAUGGUGUACUUCAAGUUUCUACAGACUAUGUUUAAUCAUAUGUCGGAAAAACAAAAAAAGCCGGCGGAAAAAGUUGACGAUCACAAACAAGAACUCUGUAAAGUGGGAGAACUAGCCUUUGACGCACUUCUACAAGAUUUACUUUACUUUCCUCUCAGUAAACUGCCGGAUUACGUUUUGACUGAGAAAUUGAUCGAAGCCGGGUUGUUUCAGCUGCUAAACAUGUCCGCUCUUAACCCGUGCAAAGCCGUGCACUUCGUUCAUAAAUCCAUGCAGGAGUUUUUGGCUUCUUUAUUUCUAAAAGAAGAACUGUUAUCUCAAGAAAGUAAAAACAAUUCCCUUUUCAAAGUCGACUCAAUUGAAAAGAUCUUCAAGUUAAAUGAAGUUUUAAAAUUUGCUGCUGAAAUGUCAGAAGAAGCCGCGCGCGAGAUCUUGAUUCAUCUGUUGGAAAUGGCGGCGAAGGAAGACGGAGAGUACAGCUUCGACAACCAAGCACCGUCAGUCGCAGAUUUGUCAGAAACACAAAAAAAUCUUUUAACUCUAUGUACACAGUUAUUCUUCUACUGCUCAGCAGACACGAGAACAGAACUUUUCCCCACUUUUCUUUCUAAUCUAGGAGGUGUUUUGUUCAUUUUAAAUCCUGACCAGCUGAAUAUUGCAGCAAAGGAAAAUUUUGUUAAAACUACCGCUUCACUUAUGUACAUAUUUUUCUCUGAAAGCGACCAGUAUACAGAGCAAAGUUAUAAUAAUUUAAUUAGUUUAGUACAGGAAUUAAACGCUGUUAUAGUUAGUAGAACAGGAGAACAAAAAGCAUCAGAAUUUUUGAAUGUAUUUCCAUGGCGUAGUGUAGACGAGUUUUUCUUAAAGAAAGAAGAAAAUAACACUCACCUUUAUUUUAUUCAAAUUGUAAAAAAUCCUAUAAGAAGCAUUUAUUCUCUUCCAAAUAAAAUGGUAAAGACGUUAGUUAGUUUAGAAGAGACAACAAAGAAGACAAACGUGAAUGGUGAUGAGUCAAGUGAAGAGAGCAGCAGCAGCUGUUGUUCAAAGCGUCAUGGUCUCUCCAGGGUUCGGAGGAUUUUAGCUAUUCAUGUGAACAGGUCAGAUGUGGAACAGCUGAUUGAGAUGAUGCCGUUUAUCACCGCUCCACACUGGAUAUUUGUUAUGGGUGAAGUAUCCGGUGAAGUGUUGGAUGCUGAGUUAACAGAGUCUCUACUGAGGAGCAUCCCAACAACACACAAACUGGAGGCAUUAGUACUCCGUCGUAUCAAUGUAACAUCAUCAUCUGCUGUGGAGUUCAUCAGCAGAGUAUUCAAACAAGAUCUUCCAAACUUGAAGUGGCUCGGCAUGUCACACAAUCCUCUUCUGGGUGCAGGAGUCGACAGUUUGAUAAAACAUCUCAGCUGCGCUCCUCACCUGGAGAGACUGGACCUUGAAGAUGUGAAGAUGACUCCACAGCAGGUGAUGAAUCUCACAUCAACUAUUCAGCAGCACGGAAACAUCACUGAACUGCUGUCAUCCUACCACGUAAGUUUUCCAAUUUUAUCGCAAUUUGUUUCUUUAUUCUUUGUGUACAGUUUAUUUCUACUCAGCUCUUGCCUUACGCUAUUUUCCUUUCUUUGUCAUUUUUAUACUCGACAAAACACGAGAUUUGCUUUUGAAAACAAAUCACAAACUUAACAGAUUCAAAGAAUCAUUUCAAAUUCAUUUCUUUCAACUGAUUAAACUAACUUCAUAAAAUGUUUUAACUGAGAACGUUAAGAACAAGUAACUUCAGCUGAUAUUCAAACAUUGAGUUGAACACAAGAAGAGAAAUUUCGUAUCUUCAAGCAGCCAUAAGAUGAAAUUAUUGGGUGAAAACAAGAACUUUCAGCAAAACAAAAGUAUACAAUUUGCACGGUAUUAAUUUCUGAAUCAAUUUUAAUUCAUACCUUUUCAUAAAGUAACAAACAACAAUCAUAAAAGCAAAUGAAAGAUGUUCAGUUCAUGUUCAAUUGAAACAAUUAAAUGAGCUUAGUUUGCUAUUAAAAAAAAAAAAAAUGAAGAGUAAACACAUUGAACUCACAGUUUCACGUUUAUCGUCCAAGGCUCCUAUAAAGACAGUUUAAGUCAAGUGAAGUUCUUUUGAAAGUCCAGAAAACAAACAAGUCUUUUUUAUAGCUGUUCUUUUGUUAGUUCUUGAGCGUUUCCUUGGUAAAUACUGGUCCUUGCAGUUCGGUGAAGCGUUGGUUUUUGAAAUAACAACCCGCACAAAAAAAUUGUAUCUUUGAGACAACGGUUGAAAGCAACACCAAAAAGAUUUUCCUUACAGGUAAACACUUCGCUGUUCUCCACUGUAUAGCAUAAGUGUCCAUUGCAUGAUUUUCAUCGCGUAAAUAGCAUGAGCUUGUUUUCAAUUUUCCAAGAACACUCGCCAUACAAAUCAAAUUCAUCAAAUCCUGCGGAGCUUUGGACUUUCGUGAAAUAUCCUUAUAAAGGAUGUUUCCUUGAGCUUCGAACAACUCCUUAGCAUACUCCUGAGUAAAAUGAGAUGAAUCCCUGUCUUUUGCCGGUAUCAUUUCCUUGAUGUUUUCUUAUUAAAUUUUGAGUUCAUCCUGAACAGUUUGCCGUUGAAGAGCGAACUGAACAAACUACAAAAACAACAAACGAUGUCAUUCAAAGCCUACUGACGUGGCGGCAGCUGAUUGGUUAAAUCCACCUCGGAUGAUUUUUCACGUGAUGACAUUUUCCCGCCUUUCGUUUUAUUACGUAACAAAUUCCCGCCCGCAAAAAUACACUGUGAUCUGCGAAUUUUGUAAAGGCUGAAUAUAUUUUCAAAAGAAAAGAAAAAUGAUUUGCUAAUUUUGAUUUUGAUUCUACUAUUUUGAAUGUGAAUUUCUUGUACGUGCGCCUUGAUAAAGAUAAUGUUUCUCUUUCCAAUCCCGCCGAGAGGGGAGAGGUACAGGGGGGUAAAUCUCCCUCCUCCCUAAACUUGGUUUAAAAAUUGGCGACGGGUAACACUCGUUUAUUGAACUUAGUCGUAAGGGACGUUUUCUGACCUUCAGCGCUUCGCCUCUACACCAACAUACCAGACAAAGAACGCGUCACCACCGUGUGUCUAGUGUAGUUCUGGCCCGUCUCUCUCUCUGUCUGUAUGUCACGCAACGCCGGAGAGAGAGGGUCCUCCCCCACAUCCCUUAUUAUCACGCAAAAAGCCAUAAAAUUACCUUUUCAUCGAUAUCUCCCUACUCGCAACAUUUCAUUUUCUCCCUCCUCCCUUUAUUUUCGCCCCGAGUUCUCCCUCCUCCCUAUUCUGUUUCUCUUCCCUCCGCCGAGAAGUCAGAAUCUUCGCUAGAAAAAUUUAUCUCAGCAAAUAACUGUAAAGACGCUUAAAAAUAGUUUUUGUCAGUUGUUGUUAACACAUUAACCUUGUGCUCGUAUAAUUUUUGACAAGGUGCCGGGUUCGAAGCCUGCUCAGUAGCCUUUCUUUUUUCCUUCUGUCUUUCUCUUUUUUGUUUCGUUUUUGUUUUGUUUGCUUAUUUGUUUUGUUGUUGAUGUCUUUUAAAUAUAUACCUUCUAGAGCAAAGAUAGUAUAUUUAUGGAUAAAAAAUCUGAAUCGCUAUCGUUUCCUACAAUUUUCAUUCCUGUUUUGUUGCAAUAUAUUGUACAAAACUUAAACAGUCACCACAUGCAGUUACAGACUACCUUUUAUUUAGGCCAAGUUUUGACUGUUGAUCUUUGCUUUCGGCACGCGAGGCUUGUUUUGAACUUAGUAUAUCUUCUCAAAGUUGUUGUCAUAUAAACAAUUGUCUUUCGUUGGUCAGUUUAAUCGCAUUGUAUUUAAAAUGAAGGUUUUGAAAUGUGUACACGUCCACACUUUAUUAAAGGGAGAUGGCUGGUUUUAAGUAUUGUUUUGUAUUUUGUUGAAGGAUUAUGAAGGAAACCUCAAACCUGAACAUGAAUGGCCAUCAGAGAACGACUGGAAAGAGUGGUACCGUCACUUCUUUCCUGAUUCAUCACCUGAAUCAGCGCAUGAACAGGAGCAGGUUAGUCAUCAUCCAACUAUUUUUGUGAAAGUUUGCUUAUUAAAUAUUUAGUAAGACUUUCAGUGUUUGUGGGAACAGUUCAAUUUAGGGGUUUCCUGUCCGUAAGAGACAAUCAAGUACGCUUAGGAGCCUUUAUUUGUAAGUCUCCAUUACAGAGGAUUUCCGAGUUGGUGAUACUGAGUUAGUUUUUAAUACAGUAAAAACCCGCGUGUAAGAACCUAGUGGCUUAAUAGCCUGCUGGUAGAAAUUUGCUUCUUUAUUACCCAACAAUACUAAUGAGGACCAGGUUGGCCAAACGAGAUCAAGCAGGUUCUUAUAUGUGGGUUACAGUUAAAUUAAUAACCUUAUUCAUCAUCUAAAAAAGAGAUUGAACAGGAACAGGUUAGUCACCAGCUUCGUUUGUUUAAGUUUCUGCAGCAGUCAUUUGAAACUCCGGCCCUCCGGCCCCCGGGACUUAGCGGGGAAUUUAACAUUGGUUUGGUGUUAAAACACCGCUAAUUUUCCCGCUCCCCAGACCAAGUAGUUUGUUAAAAGCCCCGUAUAGCAGGGAAUUAGUAAAGUGUAGUUCUAGGCUCGAUUUCAACCGCUCUGUCCGAUCUGGUAUUCUGUAUUUCUUAAAAUUCAAACCAUCAGACCCGUUGAUAGAAACUCUCGAUUGCGUUCCUUCAAAUUGAUGAAAAAUGUUACCCUGGGUGCCAGAGGAUUUUUUUCUUACCUAAUUCCUGAGAACGGACCUCUGGAGCCAGUGUAGAAAAAUGUGGUUAGAUCGCUUACAAAAAAGUAACUUCUGUAUGUUAUACUUGUAACGGCAAGAGAUCUUAAGCGAAACCCCGUGGGGGGGGGGGUACUUCCGUAUAUAAGCACUACACGUACAGUCAAUUCUCGCCUUGCGGACGCCCCAAUAAUACGGACAGCAGCUAAAUUCCCCGGCAAAACAAAUUACAGACGUUUGACUUAAAUAAACUCCCGCUAUUACAGAUUCUCGCUAAUGAGGACAGUAAUUUGAGAUCCCUACAGUGUCCGCUAUAAAGGGCCGGUUGACUGUAAUUCUGACAUAAUUUCUGCCUAAAUGGGUGUGGAUUUUAGAGGCCAGGUCUGAAAAAAAGUGUGGAAAGUGACACUUUUUGGUCUGUAAUAGGUUCAGGAUUUGGAGAACUAGGCGGCACACCCCCACCGAGAAUUACCCGGAGUACCCCUUGGGAAGCGAAACAGGUCUGUCUUUCUCCAAUUUUCUAAUCGUGAAAGUAAUGGGAGAGGAAUCGGGAAACUUAGAAAGCGCUUUUAGGAUUAAUUUAUCGUCGUUUACGUACGAGGUGAACAAAUGAGACUCAAAUGAGAUUUGUGAAGUCCUUGUGAGGCAAUGUUCGACCAAUGUUUAGGACGUUCUAUACACUUUCUUUCUGUGUCUGAGACUAGGACAACUUGUUUUGUGCCUUCCUGCCCUGUUUCUCCUAUGUUUUAAUACUAUCAUUCUCUGCGGCUUCAUCUCUCUUCUGCAGCCAUACAAAACUUUGGGAAACGAGGCUUUUCCUUCAGUCACUCAUGUUAAAUCCCCGCUUCCGAAAAUUCGUAUUACUGUUUAAUCCCCGCUCAUGACAUGGAUAAAACAGGUAUUUUGUUAAUUUCCCCGCCACCUUGAUUCCCUUUUCAAGCCGUUUAGGGAAGAUAUCACUGACAUGUUGUGCCAAGUAGACCUACUGACUUUUGAAAAAAAGGUUUUGUUUAACAAUUGGUAGAUCAACAAAGAAAUUAGAAACAGACACCAUAUCUAUGAUUCAAAAAAGGAGUUCGUUUUGUUCUCGUAACUCCGAUGAAGUGAUCGAUAACUCUCCAUCUGGUAGUUCGGAUGGUUACAGUGUUUUGCAGCAAGUCCAGUCACUAAUAUAAGGAUUUUGCACCUUGUAAUUAUCUCACCCUUUAGCAGAACUCAGUUCCCGACUAAAUUUGCCCAUCAGACACUGUAUUUCUUAUUUGUUAGGCCAAUUAUUGAUUUAAUGAUCUUCACAGUCGGUACGUGCGGCCUGUUUUGAAUUUAGUACAUCUUGUCAAAGUGUUUGUCAACCCGGCACCCCUUUUUUCGUUGCUCACUUAAAAUAUCCUUUGUUAUGUUCUGUAAUCCCAUUGUACCUAAAUGAAGGCUUUGAAAUGUGUACACGUCCAAAUUUACCUCAAGAAGGUGGAUGGUUUUAAGUAUUGUUUAGAUUCUUAAGGGAUUUUGUUUGACUUUGUUUACAUUUAUUUACUGUAUUUUGUCUUUCAUCUUAAACGAAAGUAUUGUUAAGACUUUUAGUGUUUCUGUCCGCCGGAGAUGAUCAAACACACUCGAAAGCUUUUGUUUAUAGUAAGGCCUCUAAAUUACAAUUCUUACAAUGAUUUCCAACACUGAACACUGAAUUCAUUCCCCUAAAAUCAUGAAAUGCUGCAACGAAAUUCUUUCAUAUAAUAUGUUUCCCUCCGACGUAGCCGAGUGCAUCUUUAGAUUUAAGGCUGGAAAUACUUAAGCUUCAAGGCCUUUUUAACGGAGUAUUUCCUUAAUUGCGUGUAGUUAACUACGUUGUGUGUGAUUGUGUUUGUGUUUCUAUUUUGUAGACCCAUGAAAGGGCAUCAGAGUCUCGAAGAAGAAAGAAAUGUUCCUGCAUGUAA